UGACCCUGGGGUCACAUACCACACAGAAGGUCCAUGCAGUUAUGCCAGUCAUGUAGAUGUUUAAAUCAAAUCACUGACCAUCAGAGGUGGACACUGAAGAGCUGCAGCUGAAACCUUGCUCCAAUGGGAAAGUGUUUGUGGUGAGUGUGUGCACAAGAUGUGAAGUAUGCCAGAGAAAUGUGUGUUAUGCUCUCCUCUUAGAGCAUCAGGACCUCCCCUCGCCAUGUCGUCAGCUGCUUACCUAAGGCCCUGGCAGAAGCUCCACCACAAAACAGCAGGAAAUCUGAUCCAUAUGGUGGCUCUAUAAAGCUGACCGCUGAUUUGAGUCGUCAUCAAAACCCAAGCAAGCACUUCUUCCCUUUGAUCGCCACCACUCUCCUCUGCACCUGAGCACUGCCUCUGUCCCACCAGCACCACUGUUCCACAUAAGAUAUGAAGAUACUCGGCCUUGUAGCUUUUCUACUUUUGCUUGGGGCAACUGUUUGCCAAAACAACCGCCAGAACAAUGUCAAAACAGGUGGUAGGUCCACCAAAAAGACUGGUGGGGCACAAGGAGCAGAUGUGAGCCAGUCCUCCACAGAGGUAGAUCUACCUCCCAGAAGCACUGGAAGUACUGCGGCAGCAGCCUCCAGCAGAGAGCAAGGCAGUGGGAACAGAGGAGCAGCUCCUGUGGGGGCUGGUAGCACCAGAAGCCCUGGACAACAGGCCGAGGAGAUGAGGCUGCACUUCCUCAAAAACACACAUGUCACAUGCAACGAUGGGACAGCUGCAGGGUUUUACCUAAGAGAGUUCAGGGGGAGCCGUCGAUGGCUGUUAUUUCUGGAAGGAGGCUGGUGCUGCUACAGCAAGGAGACCUGUGAUUUCAGGUACCAAAAUAUCCCACGGCUGAUGAGCUCAUCGGCAUGGCCCCAAACAAAGACAGGGAGUGGCAUAUUGUCUUUUCAGGCUGUAGAAAAUCCACAUUGGCACAAUGCUAAUAUUGUAUUUAUUCCAUAUUGUUCGAGUGAUGUGUGGAGUGGAACAGGACCUGCUCCAAACCCACUUCCAAGGCCAAGAGGCAGAGAAAAGGAAAAAGACCAAAAUGCAAAUACAACUGAAUACACCUUCAUGGGGUCCUUGAUCAUUCGUGAGGUCAUCAAAGACUUGAUCCCUAAAGGAAUAAAGCAGGCCAAGGUUGUCAUGCUGACUGGCACAAGUGCAGGGGGAACUGGUGUCUUACUGAAUAUUGACAGAGUGGCUGCUCAGCUGGAGCAGCUGGGGGCAGAGGCACAGGUCCGCGGCUUGGUGGAUUCAGGCUGGUUUUUAGAGAGUAAACAAGAGAGAUCUCCAAACUGCCCUGAGACGGUUUCAUGUUCUCCUGAAGACGCCAUCAAGAUGGGACUCAGAUUGUGGAAUGGAGUUGUCCCUAAUAGAUGUCGGCAGCUCUAUAAGAAAGGAGAAGAAUGGCAGUGUUUCUUUGGCCAUAAACUGUACUCUACAAUGACAUCCCCACUGUUUGUGGUGCAGUGGUUGUUUGACGAGGAGCAGCUGAGAGUGGAGAACAUUUACUUGGGAAGCCAGCGGAUGACUCAAGAGCAAUGGCAGUACAUUCAGAACCUGGGUCGAGAACUGAAGACAUCUCUCAGUGAUGUUACGGCCGUGUUUGCGCCAUCUUGCCUCUCACAUACGAUGAUUACUAAAAGUAACUGGAUGACUUUCCAAGUUAAAGGCACUUCUCUGCCACGAGCCUUGCAAUGCUGGGACAAGAAUCUAGAGGCUGCGCGUAACAACAGGACCCCUGCAAGAGGCUGCCCAUUCAACUUGGUGGACACCUGCCAGUGGCCCCAGUGCAACCCCACCUGCCCAGCCUUAGUGGAUCAGACUACCCAGCAGGAGCUCACCCUUCUGCAGAUGCUAGUAGCCUUGGGACUGGACCUCCAAACUCUGGGGGUAGAUCAACAAGAAGAUGGGGAAUCCUUGGUUAGCAUAGUUAGCAAUGGGGGCUAAGAUAAAAAGAAAAGUGGUGAGAGACAUACAUAAGCUUGGUGUUAAAUUAACACAUGUCAAAUAACCAUUGACACAGUACAUAAAUCUGGUGACUUGUUGCUGGUAUGCAUUCCAUUAUACUCCAUGGGUCUGCCAAAAGAUGACUUGGCUGGGGUAGCCUAUGUGGCAGUGAGAGAAUGGUGUAGCGCCCACUACUGGACAC